AUGCCUAUCGUCGACUCAAAAAAAUUUCAUGGUAUCAAAAACAGACUCAAAAUAUUCUUUAAUACUUUAUUGGAUAAGCAUAUUUCCAAAGAACAGAAGCUAUUUUAUUGGCUCCACGCCGUAGAUCAUCUAAUUGGAAAUCAUUCACCAGAAUAUUGUUUACAUUCCACAAAAGAUGAAGAAAAAGAACAUUUUAUAUGGACAGCUGGACUUGAAAACGAAAAUGCAAGAAAUCAUCUACUCGAAUUUUUAAAAGAUUCCGGAUCAGUUUUUCAAAUUGUUAAUCCGAAUUAUGCAACUCAUAUAAAUGAGUCAUAUAAUGCUCGAUCAUGCCGUUUUAAUCCAAAACAUACAAAUUAUCUCAGUUCAUAUGAAGGCAGAACAGAUAUUGCUACAAUUUACCACAAUGAAGGAUAUCAAGGAUUACUUGAACUACGUAAUUUAUCAGGAAUUAAGCCAAUUCAUCCUAUCCUUCGGGAUUCUCUUAUUGAAGAGCACAAAGAAAAAAAGUUGCGCUCGGAACGAGAAAAGACAGAAGAAUAUCGAUCUGCGCGCUCAGAAAGACGAAAGUCAAGAAAAUUGAUUGUAAAAGGAAAAGGAGAUUACGGAAAUGGACAAGAUGUGGAAAUAAUUUCAAAUGAAUCACAAAAUUCUUCAGAAAUUCCAAAGUAUGUAAUUGCUGGAAUGCCUCAAGAAAAGAGGGAACCGUUUCCAUUACCUCAAAUUCAUGGUUUUCAAGAAUAA